UUGACUUUGAUGCAAGAUGCAUCCUCGAAAGUGGAAGAAAUGGAUAAGAGGGUGGCGGAAUAUCAAAAAGUAAUUGAAGAUCUCGAGAAACAAGUGAAAACAAUGCAGCAGGAGCGCAGCGAAAUGGAAAUGACUCUGGCAACUUACAAGCAAAAAUGUGCGGCGUUGCAACAAGAAUUGGAUACAUCGGAAACGGUGCAAAAGGAUUUCGUUAAGCUUUCACAAAAUUUGCAAAUUGAACUUGAAAAAAUUCGACAAGCAGAGCAGGUAAUAUGGCAUUUCGCGGUAUACAGGUAG